AUGUCGUCGUCGACAGCGCCGCCGCUGCUCCCCAUCGCGCCGCUGGACGGGGAGAGCGGUUACCUCCGCUGGAAGGAGUCGGUGCUGCUCCGCCUCCACACCCUCGGCGUGGCGGAAGCGCUGACCGAGGAGCGCCCCGCCGACGACGAGAAGCCGUUCGCCGGCAAGCGGUGGGCGCGCGCGGACGCCAUUUGCCGCGGCCACAUCCUGGCCGCGCUCUCGGACCGGCUGCUCCCGGUGUACGCGCCCCACGCCACGGCGGCGGCCGUGUGGCGCGCCGUGGCGCGCACCUACGACCUGGACCUGACGGCGGAGGUUCAGGGCGAGAAGGCCAAGGCGUUCCGGUACGCGGAGGGCGAGCCCGUGACGGAACAGCUCGCGCUCCUCGAGGGCUUGGCCGCCAACGCGGAGCUGGAUAGCCACACCUUGCGUCGGAUCGUGAAGAAGCAGUUCAAGAAACUGGUAAUCCCGUACGGCGUGGGCUUGGACGAGAUGUGGGAGAUCGCUCGGCAGGAGGAGGUGGAUGACAGGCUAGGACGCUCCGAGAAGGACAGACGGGCGAGGCAUUUCCUCCGGUGGUGA